GCGUGUGCUGGCGCGGAGAUUACCGUGGUUUUAUCGACGGCGUUGUUCCUCGUAUAUGUAUCUGCCUCGUGGAAGUGUUUGAUGACAGUGUUUGGAUGCCCAGCCUCAGACUGGGGGACGGCGUGGCCCACGCAACCGCAUGUCGUUGUUGAAGUAUCAUCAGCUUCCCUCAGUUGCAUGUCAAACCUGCCUCGAGGUUGCCUCCUUGUCCGGGUUUCCAUUUUCCUCCCAUGUCUGCACAACAAUACAAUCUGAAUCACAUUUGUCUUCGUCGUCGUUCGAAGACCCCUAGCUAUUCCCAUCGACUCUGUCGUUUUCCAUCGUUCCACUCUCUGUCUAUCGACCAUGUCGGACGUUCUGGUAGGCAUAUCUCCCCAAUGAACGCCGUGUCGAAGCCGUUGGCCUAUCUCUUUCAAUACAGACCGGUGACAUCGUUUCUGUCAACCUCCCCACCGUCGGCCACCGUGAG